AUGGGGUCAUCAGAUAUUCCAAAUAACUUACGAAACAGCACCAGCGGAGAACUGAUCCACCUGAUGUCUCUUCUGGCCCACGGGUUAAUUCUGUCGCUCACCUUCCUAGCAGGCGUUGCGGGGAACACGCUGGUCAUCUGGGCGGUGUACCGCAAGGCAGCACUUCAAACUCCCAACAACGCCCUGCUGGUGAAUCUAGCAGUCGGCGACCUCCUCCGAUGCCUGAUAGACAUCCCGUUACUUCUGACGAUUGUGCUGUUGGGGGACCGCCGGCAGGAUUUGGGCACCGGACCGUGCCACGCUCAAGUCUUCGCUUUUUCCUUGAGUUGCUGCGUGCAGUUGUUUACCUUGGCGAGCAUCGGCGCCGAGCGGUAUCAGGCUAUCGCGCACCCUUUUAAAACGGCCAAGAGGAAGAAGAGAGUUCGGGUGCUCAUUCCGCUCACCUGGCUCGGGGCAGCGCUCAUCUCUGCAGCGUGCAUCGCUUUCGUGAAGAGCACUCCGGUGUACGCGGUGUGCCGGGGCAUGGCAGUACACGUGUGCGUCUACCGCGACUCCUUCGGGUUGUACGUUCUGGUGCCGGUAUGGCUCGCAUCCCUUGGUUUCAUUGUGGGCUUUUACGCUCGGAUCUACCUUUUAGUGAAGACUCACGCCAAGAAAAUUUUUGACGAGGGACUGCAUCCUUCCAUGGGAAAGACCCAGGAGGGGAACUCAGCAGGUGUGCGGACACAGGACAACUCUGCGGCUUCUCCAGCCGCUCCGCAAACUGUAGUCAAUGAACAGAUGAGUUCUGCUUUAAAAACACAGUCUCAACAGGAUCAAGCAUCAGGGUGCCCCCCUCUUAAAGCAGACAGCAUCGAAGCGCCUCAAGUGCAAACCAUUGUGGGGCAACAGGCGGUUGAUCAACCGGCCGGUAUUGACUGUGCUGCAAGCAGGGCACCCCAUAUGGAGACAGAGGACGGGCGGUUGGCGGCCACGGCUCCGCCUGUGGAGAUUGUCGGGGCCGUGUGCAUCAUGCCGAAAGGAAACCGAGAGAAAGCGCGGAAGAGGACAGAGGGCAAGCUGGCGAAACGCUCGGGCUACAUCAUUCUUACCUUCCUGGCCUUGUGGUUGCCGCUCAUCGUGUUGGUGAUUUUCAAUUUCAUUGUCUGCCACAGCAAUACCGCCAUCCAGCUGGCAUUAGAAGGGGAAAUAUUUGCUACAGCAGUAACAUGCACUACUUCAGCUAUAAACCCCAUAACCUAUGCUGUUGUCAACCCACAGUUCAGAACAGAAUUUCAGCAACUGCGGAUAAAAGUUAUUUCAAAACUUUGCUCUAGAGUUACAUAAAAUGUAAUAUAAUUUGAAAUACAUAUUUGUAAAAAUGUAAACUUUAAUGUAAUUAUUUCUAUACUGCAGUAUCUUUGUUUAAACCCUGUAAAUCACUGUUCAAAAGACACUUUAAUGCAGUAAGAUCACAUACUGCAGGUUUGAAUGACUGAAUGAAGACCAGCUUAUCAAGUAAAACUUGUAAUUUGUAAAUAAAUGUA